AUGAUGAAAGCUAUCCUUCUUUUCGCAAUGAUUUCUACCGUCAUGGGUCUCCGCCGCGCACCUCAAAUGCCAAAACAAGCGCAUGUUAAUACAAUGGCCUGGGCUGGAGUAGAUGAUAUCGAUGCCGACAUGGAAUACGAACUCCUGGAUACCAAAUACAAGGAGGGCGUAAUUCCCGUAAAGCGUGUUCUUGUCAAACCAGCCAAGAAGCAAGAGGAGCACCUCGAGUGGGCUGGAGUAGACGAUGUCGAUGCCGACAUGGAAUACGAGCUCUUGGAUACCAAAUACAGGGAGGGCGUAGCCCCCGUCAAGCGUGUCGUCAAACCAAACAAGAAGCUUGAAGAGAAGCACCUCAAGUGUGUCCCUGCCAAGGGGGUCCUAUUUGGAAUUUCACAUGUGGAUGAACUUGAUCAAAUCUGCUUUCUCGAAUAG